AUGAUAAUUAUAAUUGUUCAUCAAGAACCAUUUUCCAGCAAUCGAGCAAUCGCCGAAUAUCUACAGAACAAUGGAUACAACGAAUCCUUCAAUUGUCUGCUGAAGGAGGCCAGCUUGAGUGAGAAUGACAUCAAACCACUGGGUGGAAUACUCGAGAAAAAGUGGACGACCGUACUUCGACUCCAACGGAAAGUCAACGAUUUGGAGGCGAAAUUACAAGAAUCACAGAGAGAAAUCAAUCAUGGAGCACCGACGAGAGACAAACGUCAAGCAGCCGACUGGAUUCCCCGCCCACCGGAGACUCAGAAGCUGAUCGGCCAUCGUCUUCCGGUGACUCGAGUCAUCUUCCAUCCGUUAUGGACCAUUAUGGCCAGCUGUUCAGAAGACGCAACGAUUAAGGUAUGGGACUACGAGACGGGUCAAUUGGAGAAAACACUGAAAGGACACACCGACGCUGUCAAUGAUAUUGCAAUCGAUGCGGCUGGAAAACAAUUGGUCUCGUGCUCAUCGGACCUCUCAAUCAAACUCUGGGAUUUCGGACAGACAUACGAUUGUCUGAAAUCACUGAAAGGACACGAGCAUACUGUAUCGUCGGUCACCUUCUUGCCAACCGGAGAUUUCGUUCUCUCUGCCAGCAGAGAUCACACCAUUAAGCAGUGGGAUAUCUCAACGGGCUACUGUGUGUUCACAUUCCGCGGCCACAACGACUGGGUGCGUAUGAUUCGAAUCUCGAACGAUGGAACACUAUUCGCGUCGGGAAGUCUCGAUCAGACGGUCAGCGUCUGGUCUUUUGCCACGAAAACCGCCAAAUUGGUGUUGAGAGAUCACGAACAUGCCGUUGAGUGUGUCGAGUGGGCACCCGAUUCUGCCUAUACCAAUAUUACUGGACAACAGCCGGAAGGAAACUCGACGCACAUUCUGUUCAGUGGAAGUCGUGACAGAAGUAUCAAAGCAUGGAAUAUCAACACUGGUGACGUCAUUUUCACCCUCUUGGCUCACGAGAAUUGGGUUCGGGGAUUGGCAUUCCAUCCGAAGGGAAAGUACCUCGUCUCAGUUGCCGAUGACAAAACGAUGCGAGUAUGGGAGUUAAGUGCUCAGAGGUGUAUGAAGGCUAUCGAGGCACACGAACAUUUCGUAUCGACAGUUGCAUUCCAUCAAUCGAAUCCCUACGUGAUCACCGGAAGUGUCGACACGUCGUGCAAAGUUUGGGAGUGUCGCUGA